AUGCUCUCUUCAUGGUCCACCCAACAAGAUUGUUGUGGAUGGAGAGGAGUCAAGUGUGACAACAUCACAACUAGAGUUACUCAACUUAGUCUCCCAUGUUCUACGAUUCCUCCAACUUACAUUGACGAAGAAGAUAAAUCACACUGCCUCACAGGUUCCAUUUACCUAUCCUUGUUGUUGUUGGAGUUUGAAUUUUUAAAUUACUUGGAUUUGAGCAAUAAUGACUUCUUAGCUAUCAAGUUUGAUUCUAUGCAUAGUCAGAAUUGUCAUAACCUAUCUGUAGCUACUCCUCCUCGCCAGUGUGUAAACUCUUCAGCUCUUCGAUAUCUUGACCUAUCACUUAACGAGAAUCUUGCCAUGAAUAGUCUUCAGUGGCUUUGUUUCAUUUCCUCCUUGGAAUAUCUCAACCUCAAUGGCAUUAAUCUUCACAAGGAAACUAAUUGGCUUCAACUUGUAACUAUGCUUCCAUCACUUUCAGAGCUCCGCAUGGAUGGUUGUCAACUUAAAGACUUGAGUCCGUCUCUUCAAUAUGCUAAUUUUACUGCACUCCGAGUUCUUGAUCUUUCUAAAAAUAAAUUUUACUCCGAGUUGCCUAAAUGGUUAUUCAACCUUAGUUGUGGCAUCUCUGAUAUUUACCUUUACUCAAGUUCUUUAAGAGGACAACUACCAAAGGCAUUGUUAAAUCUUCAACUCUUGGAAGCCUUGAUAUUGGAAUCCAAUAACUUAAGUGGACCAAUUCCAAAUUGGUUAGGCGAACUUGAACAUUUACAAUAUCUUAAUCUUGUAAGAAACAUGUUUUUUGGAUCCAUUCCCAUAAAUUUGGGAAACCUUUCAUCCUUAAUUGUCUUGGCUGUUGGCCGAAAUCAAUUGACAGGAGUUGUGUCUGAGAGAAAUUUCGUCAAACUGUCAAAAUUAAAGAUAUUGGAUAUAUACUCAUCACCACCAUUAAUAUUUGAUUUUGAGUCCCACUGGGUUCCACCUUUUCAACUUGAAAUACUAGUUUUUGGGUUUGCAGGUCCCUAUCUUCCUGAGUGGUUAUAUGCACAAAGAUCUAUUGAACUUCUGUGUAUUUGCGAAUCAUCAUUUAAGGCCCAAGGCAAAUUUUGGAAUUUUGUAUCAAGAGUGACUGAACUUCAGUUACGAGAAAAUUUGAUAGAUGGGGACUUGUCAAACGUGUUGUUGAACUCUACAUUCUUAGAUGUAUCAUCAAAUGAUCUGAAAGGUUACCUGCCUCAAUUAUCAUCCAACGUGGUCUUUGUGAGGUUAUCAAACAACUCGUUAUCAGGAAACAUCUCUCCCUUCAUAUGUGAUCAUAAGAUGCUGAAUGAGAAAAGCAAUUUGGUUUACUUGGACAUAUCUCUAAAUAAUCUAUCUGGAGGGCUUACAAAUUGCUGGAUGAAUUGGAAAUCAUUGGUUCAUAUUAACUUGGGAAGCAACAAUCUAACAGGCAAGAUACCCCCAUCAAUGGGCCUAUUAUCUAGUCUUACCUCGUUGCAUCUGCAUGAUAAUAAGUUCUAUGGAGAGAUUCCUCUUUCGCUGCAAAAUUGCCGCUCUCUACUGAUCUUUAAUGUUCGUGAAAACAACUUUUCAGGAAAUAUAUCAAACUGGAUACCGCACAGUGUAAUGACUCUCCAAUUAAGGUCCAAUAGUUUUAGCGGUAAUAUCCCAACACAGAUAUGCCAAAUGUCUUUCCUCAUUAUUUUGGAUAUUGCAGAUAACACAAUCUCAGGAAAUAUACCCACAUGCCUGCAUAAUAUCACAGCCUUAGUUUUCAACAAUGCUUCAGAGACCAAGAUUUCUUUUUUCUCCCCUUCAACUAUUAAGGGUUACAUCUACUACUUUUACGAGAGUCUUGAGCUGGUUAUAAAAGGUCAAGUAUUAGAAUAUGGAAAAAAUCUGCACUUUAUGAGCUUAAUUGAUAUGUCGAGUAACAAUUUGUCUGGAACAAUACCUCCCCAAAUAUUUAGCCUCACUGCAUUGCGCUCUUUGAACUUGUCCCACAAUCAAUUAAUGGGAAAAAUUCCAAAUGAGAUUGGCAACAUGAGAAACUUGGAGUCCCUUGAUUUUUCAACAAACCAACUUUGA